UCCAGUAUUUUGGAACUAUACACGUGAGUGAUAACCUAGAAGUUUAGAACUAAAAAUAAUUAAAAGUUCUCUAUUAACGAUAUAUUUCAUAUUACAAUGGUGUCAUCAAAAAAAGCCGACGUCAAGAAAAGGCCUGUACUUAAAAUGAAACCUGAAAAGGUAAAAGUAAAGAAACAAAGCACCGGUAAAACUAAAACUACUGUCGAGAAAAUCCUUACCCAAACGGAAGAGAAAAAACCAAAGAAAGAUGUGUUAAAGACUAUAAUAAAAGACCAACAAAAUGUAGCCCCGAAAACAAAGUUUGUCAUGCCUUCCAAAAACAUUAAGGAAGCAAAUGUUGAUUUAUGUCUGGCUGCCUUAGAACAAGUAGCUACUAAUACUAAAAACAAAAAUGCUAUUUUCGAUGAUGAAACACAAAUAUUUGCAGAAAUUAACUGCAUCAAAAUACAAACUACUACAGGGAAUAUUAAAUUUGUCCUGCCACAUAGUACAGCAGCAUCAACAGGAGAAAUUUGUUUGAUUACACCAGAUUUGAAGAAGGGUAAAAAAAUUGAUCAUGAACCUACUGUGGAUCAUUGGGAGGAAAAACUCCGACAAGCCAAUGUGACAUGUGUAAAAACUGUUCUACCAAUGAGACAGCUAAGGGUGGAAUAUGAUCAGUUUGAAUUGAAACGCAGACUUCUUACACAACAUGACUUCAUUAUGGUUGACACAUCAAUAUUAAGCCAUGUGUCUCAUUUAUUAGGAAAAAUGUUUUUCAAGAAACACAACAUGCUAAUUCCUGUCAGGCUGCAUAAAAAAGAAGAUAUAAAGAAAAGUAUUGAUCUCGGAUUACGUACAGCUAUGCUACGUUUGGCAGAAGGAGCAACAUCAGUUAUUGUGGUAGGACACACAGGCAUGCCAAGACAAAAAGUCAAAGAGAAUGUUCUCUCUUUAGUACAGCAACUUCGUGACAAAUAUCCUGGAGGGGAAGCCAAUAUUAGAUCAAUUUCACUUAAACUGCCACUAUCAUUGGCAGUGCCUCUGUAUCUAACAUUGCGACCAUCAAACUCCAUAACUCAGCCUAGAUUAGUUAGGAAUAAACCUAAAAACUUCAGAAUCCUUGAAGAUGAGCUGUCUACUAUUCCUAAUAGUACUGUCAGAGUAGCCCCAGAUGGUACAGUUCAAGUAAACAAACUGGGAAAAGAAACUAGUGACAGUGAAGAUAAUGAGAUGGAUCAAAAGGAAGAUAAAGAGGAAGCAAAUGCAUCAGAUGAUGAAUGAAAGAGAAAACAAACAUUUUUAACAUAUUUUAAUCAUCAAAUGUGUAACACAAUUACGUUUUAAUAAAAAAGUUACAAUCUUCCUUACGAAUUUUAUUAAUUCCUUACAAUUUUAUUGAACAGUAACCUCACUUUCAUUAGUGAUCAUAUUAUUUUCUUGAACAUCAUGGUUAAUUGAACCGCUUUCAUUAGGAAUUGUGUUGUUCUCUUGUUCAUUAUAGUUAGUUGAACUAUUUUCAUCCUUGCUAUUGUCCACCUUAUAAAUGCUCAUGGAUGACCUAGGAAUUAUAGUCACCUGCAUUUUUAUAGGCCAAACCUUUUUGAAUUUCUUGAAAUUCUUCACCUGACUAGACUGUUCUUCUACUGCAAUAGGCUCCUUCUUUAUUAUCAAAUCUGGCCUCACUUUGACAAUUGUAGUACCCAAGGUUAGCUCAUUCAUUUUUUCAUCUAAUUCUUCCUCUUUGAUUUUUUUCAAAGUAGUAUUCUCACUUUUCAUAAAUUUUUCAUUGUUUUUCAUUAGCUCAUCCAGCUUAGAUCCUCUCAAAGCAGAUAAAUCUACAUUAUUAAUUUCACUGUUCCUAUCAUUAGUUUCAUGGUCAUGUGUGUUUGAAUCUGUGUUAGAAUUGUUGGCACCAAAAAUAUUGGAUUUAGAUGUGUUAGCUGGUAUUUUUGAUCUGUCCUGUAUAAAUUGGAAUAAAUCAUCCUCUUCAUCUUCACAGUCCAACUUGCGCUUUUGUGGCUUUGCCAAAUUUAGACGUUUUAUUGUAGAUUCACUUGAAGUAUUAUCAGAGUUCCCACUGUUAACAAAGUUGAAACCAUCUUCAUCAAAUUCGGUAGCAUGCUUUUUAGAUGGAUUCGUUUUUGUAUCAUUGCUCUCAUCUACUUUUCUUUUGAUGCCACCCUCAUGUCCAGCGCUGCCGGCAGCAAAUUUCUUGGUCAUAUUAUUCUGAAUGUCAUCAUCACUCAUUUUUCUCUUGAAGCUAUUAUUUUUGUCAGACAUAGAAGUGUUAGUAAGACUCUCAUUGAUCACAACAUUUUCCUUUUUACAUUUAGCUCCAUAGUUGUACUCUUGAGUUUCCUGUGCAAGAACUGUAGGAUUUUUGGCAGUUUGAUCAGUUUGCUUUAUCACCUCUGAAGGGAAAUUGAAGUCUGGAUUGCAGUAUU